AUGCAGAGAGUCGACGGGCACAGAGGAAUGCAGUACUCUGCGCUAGAAACGACACUGUUACUGCGACGCAGAAGAGACAUGCUGUUGAGACUUGAGACUGCAGCAAAACUCACAGCAACGGAAACAAAACUUGGUUCGACCGAAGCUGCACUUGCUGCCAAACAAAGAGCUCUCGAGGAUGCCCAAGCCAAACUGGAAAGACAUGAUAAAGAUACUCCCUGCAGUAUUUGUCUAGAAAAAAAUAUGGAUACACCCUCGAUACGUAAUGUGUAUCUAUGUGCAAUGUUUAUGUUGCCAUUGCAGUACAUGUAUAUGUUUUCUUAUCCAACCUUGAGCGGUAUUUUGUUUUUCUUGGUUGAGUUUCUUUGGUCAGUUUUCCUCCUAAAGCAACUAUACUGUACAGGGGUUGAACUCAGAGAAAGUAAACACAAGCUCGUUGAAAGGCAGAGUUUGCUUCCAAAAGAAACGGAGACAAUGAUUCUACUUGGGCUCAGGGCACAGAUCGCAGAUUUGAAAGGUAAGUUACAAACCGAAUGUGAUAGUCAUCAGAAGACUAAACUAGAACUCCAGCUGUCGGAUGCCAGACUCUGUAGAACUAAUGCUUUAGUCGAUGAAACUCGACGUGAAUUCACCAACCAGCUGUUUGAGAUCCAAAAAUCCUUCAACAAACUUGGAGUCGAACUUUCCGAAAAGGAGAUUGAAACCCUGAAAACAAACAGGAAACUCUCAGAAACCCAGAAAGAACUGGAGAAAUUGCGGACCGAAUUGGUCAAUUCGAAAGAUGCAGAGAGUCGACUGGCAGAGAUUAAUGCAGAGCUCUACGCAAUAAAUGACAAUAUUACUGCGACGCAGAAGAGACUUGCUGAUGAGACUGCAGCAAAACUCACAGCAACGGAAACAAAACUUGGUACGACCGAAUCUGCACUUACUGCAAAAGAAAGAGCCCUUGAAGAUGCCCAAACCAAGCUGGAAAAUCGGGAAACAGAUAAUUCUUGCAGUAUUUGUCUUGAUUCCGAUAGGGACACUGCUAUGCUGCCUUGCGGACAUGCAAGCACAUGUUACACUUGCUCUCUGCAACUCCACGAAAGAGACAAUGCGAAGUGCCCAGUUUGUCGUCAAUUGAUUGACCAAAUUCUCAAAAUUUAUUUAUGAACUCGAAAAAGAAACCUCUUACAUGAUUCAAUCAAACACGAAUUGGCAAUUCUGUGACGUAUCUUGGAUGUUCCCUCCUAUUUGCUCUGUACAUAGAAAUAA